UUUCAAUUGAAUCCAAAAUCAAAAUAUAUAUAUAACAAAUAUUUUGCUUCUCCAACGUAGACAGAACCAGCAGCAAGUUGGCGCCACCCACAAAUCUAGAGCCCUACACCAUGGCCGUAAUAACGGAGCAUGGCAACACUAACGGUAAUCAUAGCAAUGACACCAAUACCAACACCAACACCAACAGCAACGACAUCAAUAGCAAGAUGGAAGGCAUCAGCAAAGCUGCAACUGAAUCGCCGCAUCUCGGCGAGCGUCAGCUGAGCACUGCUCAAACCAUUCCCGAGUUCUUUGCCAAGAAGAACAUAUUCGUGACGGGUGGCACGGGAUUCCUGGGCGCGGUGCUGAUCGAGGCACUGCUGGACACACAUCCCGACAUCGGCACCAUCUAUGUCCUGGUGCGAAGCAAACGCAACUUUGAUCCCAACGAGCGCAUCAAGCGACUGCUCCAAAAGCCGAUCUUCCAGAAGUACAAUGAGAAGUCGCUGGCCAAGGUUGUGCCCGUUGUGGGUGAGCUGACGGAGCCGAAUUUCGGGUUUGGCAGUGAGCUGCUACAGGAGAUGAUCGAGCGGGUGAAUGUGAUCUAUCACAGUGCGGCGACAAUCCGGUUCAAUUCACAUUUGCGUACGGCAAUCUUAACGAAUCUGACCGGGACGAUGCGCAGCAUUGAGCUGGCCAAGCAACUGAAACAGCUGUCGGCGUACAUUUACUGCUCGACGGCGUUCUGCAAUAGCAACAAUCGCGGCCUGAUCACCGAGGAGGUCUACAAGUCCCAAUUCGAUCCGUACGAAAUGAUGAAGAUGGCGGAGAACGACGAUGAAUGGAUCGAUUUCACACAGCAAAAGUGCAAAAGCUUUCUCAAGGAUCAUCCCAACACCUAUACCUUCACCAAGAAUCUCUCCGAGAAUCUGCUCAUGGCCGAGAUGUCCGGUCUGCCGGCAGCCAUCGUAAGGCCAUCGAUUGUUUACGGCACACUGGAGUAUCCAAUGAAGGGCUGGGUGGGCAAUGCGAAUUCGGGUCAUUUGGGUUUUCUGGCCGGUUUCAUUAAGGGCAUCUUUCGCACAAUGUGCGGUAGUGCGAAUGCCAUAAUCGAUAUAAUACCAUGCGAUUAUGUGAUCAACAGUUCGUUAGUCAUGGGCUGGUAUGUGGGCACACGUCAUAUCGAACAGCCGGAGAUCAUACACUGCACAUCGGGGGAGGUGAAUCCGUUGAAUUUGGCACAAUUCUGCGACAUUAUCAAUGACAGCGUCGAACGACAUCCGCCCAACAGUUUUGUGUGGAAGCCAGCGACAAAGUUGCGCAACGGCUGGCGCUAUAAUCUAUUCUUCUAUCUGUUCCAUCUGCUGCCCGCCAUGAUAUUUUAUAUACCCGAGAAGCUUUUCAACCUUGGUAUGCCGCAACACACUGCUUAUGAGUACAUGCGUGUGUUCCAGAAUGGCACCAAGGCAUUUGACUACUUCCUCGACAAGGACUUCCGCUAUUCGAUGAAGAAUGCGCUGCGCGUAUCCUCAAUGAUACAUGAGAGCGAUCGCAAGCGUUAUAAUUUUGAUGCCAGCCGCUGUGAUUGGUCGGAGUUCAUCGAUCGCUGCCUGAUCGGCAUUCGACGCUUCUAUUUCAAGGAGUCGGCGGUGACAACCAAAUGGCAUCGCAAUUACUGGAUGGCUUUCAAUAUUCUACACUAUGCCGGUUUCGUUGCGAUCUUUGCAGUACUCCUUUGUGUAUUCGGUCCCCUCCUGGGCUUGAAAAUUGGUCUGCCGUUGUCGCUGUGCGUUUGGGGCUUCUUGAUCUGGCUAUAAUAACAAAAACAAAAACAAAAAACAAACAAAAAACA